AUGCUCUCAACGCUAAUACGACGCGCUGCACAGGCGACCGAGUCGACCUACAAUGCGACAGGCAAUCUCCAUCAGCUGCGCAAGGUGUGGCCGCCCGACUUCACCAAGCUGACGCCGCAAGCCCAGCUGCGCUUCGAGAAGAAGUACAAGCGCCGCGUCGCCCUCAAGUAUGCCCGACCAAGGUGGAACAAGGCCGUCAAGAUCGUCCAGCUGGUAACUGUGACAGUCUUCGUCACGGCCAUGUUCUUCUCGGAACUCGAUCUCUUCGGCCAAAAGUAUCGCGCUUCGGACGAGUUUCAAAAACACGUCAAGAGCAUCUUCGGGGCCAUUGACGCCGACAAGCGGUACGAACGACGAAGCGACGCGCCGGCGCCACCACCUGCUCGCGAAGACACCCCGAAAUGA